GAGCAUUAUUGUUUUCAAACUUAUUAAAGCAUACGUUGAAUUGAAAAACAGAAUAAGAUGCAAGCUGCAGAAGUUGAGCCGAAGCGCACUCAGCGCUAUGUUGAUGAAGCGUUUCGUCAGGUGCUCGUGAAACCCGGCGUUGAGGACGUUCUCAUCAUGAAUCGUUCGGGGGUGCCCGUGAAGACUUCCAUGCAGCCACAGGAUGCACUGCAGCAUGCCUGCCUCUAUGACAAUUUGCGUGAGAAGACACAGGCAUUUCUGCAGAAAAUGGAUCCACCCGAAAAUCUUUGUAUGUUUCGUGUGCGCACCAAAUUCCACGAGGUUAUCAUAACUCCAGAUGCUAAAAUCUCCGUAUUGGUUGUGCAAAAUGCUCGCGAUACCUAUUUGGGCAAUCAAAAUACGGAAUGAGCAACUGUAAAAAUAUGUAUAUAUAAAUAAAUUGUCAAGCUUAUGCCAGAA